GGAAUCAUUCUCGGUUCUCGCUCCGGCACUGUGUAGUUAUCGCUCGUCGAGGCAAGACGUGCGCUUAGGACGGCCAGUUCCCGAGAGCGUGCUCGUCCAUCCGGUUUCUUUGUUUUUGGCCUUCUGUCUUACUUCCUUCUGGUGGUGCGGUGGUGGCCAUACAAGACCCAUCCCACCAAGACGGACGCGACAGCUGUUUGCGCGUUAGCGGUUUCAGUAUUUAACUCAUCAUGAACCGCGACAAAGACUUCAGCAAGAACAAAACGGAAAACCCCAUUCAGAAUGCGUCGUUCAUCUCGCGGCGCACGUUCUGGUGGUUGAAGGACAUCUUCCGGGCGGGUCACCGGAACGAAAUCACCGAGGAGAUGCUCUACGAAGCGCUUCCGGAGCACCGCAGCCAACAGUUGUCCGAUCGGUUCGACCGGUUAUGGGCCGAAGAGCUGCAAAGGCCACAGCCGAGGCUGUUGCGUGCGUUUCUGCGAGGAUACGGAGCCGUAACACUCUUUUGGGGUCUGCUGUUCUCGGUGUUGGAAACAGCCAACCGGGUGGCACAACCGCUGUUCCUCGGUGGACUUGUCUCGUACUUUUCACCGAACCAAACCGAAAUCAGUGAACGGGAAGCCUACGGCUACGCGGCGGGCGUUAUCGUCUGUGCGCUGAUACCGGUUAUCACAUUCCAUCCGUUCAUAUUGUUCAUCUUCCAAAUUGGAAUGAAGCUACGUAUUGGCUGUUCCUGCCUUAUCUACAACAAGUCUCUUAAGUUGACCAAGUCAACGACCGCUGGUGAGGGGCUCAACGGGAAGAUCCUAAACCUGCUCACCAAUGACGUCAGCAAGUUUGACAUUGCUCUCGCGUUCAUCCAUGACCUGUGGAAGGGUCCCAUGGAAUCGCUACUGCUCGGCUAUUUCAUCUACGUAGAGCUGGGCUUCGCCGGGCUGUUGGGAAUGGCCUUCCUGCUCAGUUUCAUCCCGCUGCAGGCAUGGAUCGGCAAGAAGACGGCCACCUUUCGGCUGAGGGCAGCCAAGCGGACGGAUCUUCGGGUUCGCUUCAUGAACGAGAUCAUCCAAGGUAUUCAGGUGAUCAAGAUGUACACCUGGGAGAAUUCCUUCGCCAAAAUGGUGGAAGAAGUUCGCCGGAAGGAGGUCAACGCUAUUCGGGGAGGUGCUUACGUUAGAGCUACGCUCAUUUCGUUCUUCGUGGUGUCGCGAGUCUCGAUCUUCCUUAGCCUGUUGGCUUACACCUACACUGGAAAUGUGAUCACUGCCCGCAAAGUGUUCAUUGUCACAAGCUACUACAGUAUUCUGAAUGACUCGAUGGUGCAUUUCUGGCCAAUGGCCAUUACGUUCUGCUCGGAGGCGCUCAUUUCGGUGCUGCGAAUUCAGGAGUUCCUGUUGACGCCAGAGGGGAAGCCCAAGACUGCACAGGGAGCCGAUGCAGAGAAAGAUCAGGAAGGUAAAGGGAGUGUCCUGAUCGAGGAUGAAGAGAAGAAGAAAGCAAAGGGCAAUGGGUUGGUGCCGAAUGGAGUGACGAAUGAGGAAGAAGUGGAGAAGCUGUUGCCGUCGAAGCGUGUGGUGAAUUUAGACAGUGAUAAGAAGAGCAUAGUGAUGGAAGAUGUGACGGCACGGUGGGUUGUCAGUGAGGACGAAUCAAACGUGGGAGUGACGUCAAUUAGCACAACAGUGGAAAGUGGGCGAUUGUGUGUGGUGAUAGGUCCGGUUGGUGCGGGAAAGACGUCACUGUUGCAAGUGAUCUUGGGGGAGCUUGAGGUGGAUCAAGGGAUGCUGCAGAUCAAUGGAUCGAUCAGUUAUGCAGCGCAAGAACCGUGGCUGUUCGAGAGUAGUGUUCGAAACAAUAUUCUAUUCGUCGAGGAGUACGACGAGCAGCGAUACUUAGAAGUAGUUCGCAUAUGUGCCUUGGAGCGAGACUUCCAGUUGUUCCCGCAUGGUGAUCAGACAAUCGUCGGCGAGCGAGGAAUCAGUUUGAGUGGAGGACAGAAAGCCAGGGUGAAUUUGGCUCGAGCGAUCUACAAGAAGAGUGAUAUCUACAUUCUGGACGACCCGCUCUCAGCGGUCGACACUCACGUAGGGAAGCACAUCUACGAGAUGUGCAUAAGGGAGUUCCUAGCUGAUAAGGUGUGCGUCCUGGUGACGCACCAGUUGCAGUAUCUGAAUGAUGUCCAGCACAUUAUUUUGCUGGAGGGCGGCAAAAUUGACGCUCAAGGUCCAUACUGGGAAAUAAAGAAAACGAUGAUGGAUUCGAUUCUGGCACUGACUCCAGAGGAAUCACCAGAAGAGGAUAAAUUCGACUUCCAAAAGUUCACUGCUCACACUGAGCCAACAGACUUGGAUCAGGAGAAGCAGGUUGAAGAGAAAGAAUCUCAAGGCGAAGGGUCCGUCGACUUCUCGGUGUACAAAACUUACAUCACCGCGAUCAACAGCUGGGCUUGGAUAUUCUUCAUCUCGGUAUUUAUCCUGUUGGCACAGGUGGCCAUCAGCAGCGUGGACUACUUCGUAGCCCAGUGGGUCAAUUGGGAAGAAUCCCUCGGCCACGUCAACAAAAGCGUAGUCUACCUCAAAGAAAACCAAACCAUCGAUGAUCUUCUGGACAUCAACGUUCUAAACCAACACCAAGCGGAGGCAAACAACGAACCCGAACGACAGCAGUACAUCCUGAUCUAUACGAUCCUGAUUGCGAUCUUCAUCUACCUGAUCAUUCAGCGUACGUUCUCGUUCUUCUACGUAUGCCUGCGAAUCUCGAUGAAUCUCCACGACCGGAUGUUCCGCGGCUUGACCCGUGCCACGAUGCACUUCUUCAACAACAACCCCUCGGGACGAAUUCUGAACCGCUUCUCCAAGGACAUCGGGGCGAUCGAUACGUCCCUGCCGAUGUCGCUGCACGACUGCUUGGUGUUCUUCCUGGAGAUGGUGUCCGUAGUGGCGCUCGUUUCGAUCGUCAACUAUUGGUUCCUGGUGCCGACCGUGGUGGUCGCGGCGAUUAUGUUCCUGCUACGCAAGGCCUACCUCGACACGUCCCGCGUGGUCAAGCGAAUUGAGUCGGUUAACCGAUCGCCGAUCUUCUCACAUCUGAACGCCACCCUGCAAGGCCUGUCCACAAUUCGGGCCUUCCGGGCGCAGAACGCCUUGAGUCGCGAGUUCAGCAAGCACAUGGACGUGAACACGUCCGCUUGGUUCAUAUUCAUCACGACGACACGGGCCUUCGCCCUCUGGUUGGACUUCGUGUGCGUGAUCUACAUAGCGGUGGUCACGUUGAGCUUUCUGGUGGUCGGACAGGGUGCCUUAGGAGGAAGUGUUGGGCUGGCGAUCACUCAGACCAUUAGUUUGAUCGGCAUGUGUCAGUGGGGAAUGAGACAGUCGGCGGAACUUGAGAACGAGAUGGUCUCCGUGGAGAGGGUCAACGAGUAUACGAAUUUGCCUUCGGAGCCACCGCUGGAGACGGCGCCGAAGUAUCGCCCGCAGGGUGACUGGCCUGAACACGGGGUGGUGAAGUUCAUCAACGUGGAUCUGCGGUACUCGGAGGAUGGCGAGAAGGUGCUGAAGGAUCUGAAUUUCUCGAUACGGUCGAAUGAGAAGAUCGGAAUUGUAGGCCGAACUGGAGCUGGAAAGUCUUCGCUGAUCCAGGCCCUGUUCAGGCUUGCUCCGUACGAGGGAACGAUCGAGAUCGAUGAUAUCGAUACCAAAACGUUGGGUCUACGUGACUUGCGUAGUAAGAUAUCGAUCAUCCCGCAAGAUCCGAUUUUGUUCUCGGGAACAUUGCGGAGCAAUCUGGAUCCGUUUGAGGAGAAGACGGACGCCGAGCUGUGGAGUGCUUUGGACCAGGUAGAGCUCAAGGAGGCCGUGUCCUCGCUGGCCGGGGGACUCCAGUGCAAGAUGUCCGAUGGUGGAAGCAACUUCAGCAUGGGUCAACGACAGCUAGUUUGUCUGGCUCGGGCGAUCCUUCGAAGCAACAAGAUUCUGGUGCUGGACGAAGCCACUGCCAACGUGGAUCCAGAAACCGACAAACUAAUCCAGACGACAAUUCGCACAAAGUUCGCCGAAUGUACAGUAUUAACGAUUGCCCAUCGGCUGCACACGGUGAUGGACAGCGAUCGGGUGCUGGUGAUGGAUGCCGGUCGCGUCGUGGAAUUCGGCCAUCCGCACGAUCUUCUCCACGGUCCCAGUGGAUAUCUGCGGCGACUGGUGGACCAAACGGGCGUGGCAAACGCGGCCCACCUCAUCCGGGUAGCCGACGAGAACUUCCGGAAGCUCAAGGAACGCACUCAACAGCAGCAGCAGCAGCAGCAGUAACAGUAGGAGCGCUUAGCCACUUAGAACAGCAGGGUCUCAAAAUGCUUGCAGUGCGACUUAACUUUCGCCAAAGCCCGACAAGCUUAGGAACAAAAGUGCUUAAUUAGGUUUCCUGUUUUUAUAUUGAAUUUUAAACGUGAGAUUAGGUAGCAAGCCACAUUUCUACUACUAGCCGCAAUACACACAUUUUUUCUACGUACAUAACAUAUCGAGCGGAAAGCAAUAAUAAUGGAAGCAAUUUUUUAACCAUUCCCCUUGGAGAGGACAA